UAUUCAUGCAAAUCAUAAUAUUUACAUCAACCGCUUAGACAUUUAAAAAUAAAGAAAUACCCAGAAAAGGAAAAUUAUUAGUCAUACACAUCAAAUUCAUCCAGCUUUAUACACGCCGUUUUUCUACUGAUUACAACAUGGCAAGUGGAUCACUUACAGCCCCAAAUAAAACCAGAGAUGAACUGGAUCAUACGCGUUUUAUUGAUUCAACAAAAGCACUCAGAGGUUUGCCUCCGUCUUACGUUCCGGGAUCACAUUUGGAUCCUUUAGCGGAUUCCCAACUACCAAACAACGGCACACUCAUGUGGAACAAGAAUGUUGAGGAAUCAAAUGUUUCACAGUUCACUUACAACUCUGUGAACACACCCAAUGAAAAUGGCGACGGUGCUGAAAAACCUGUAAGCAAAGCAAAAUUCCGUUACAUUAAAUUUGCUAGAUUUGUGAUAGCAUCAGUGUUCAUAGCAGUGACUGUUGUGGUGAUAGCUGCAGUGACUAUUAUGUAUCAGAAAGCUCCAGGUCCAGGUCCAAAAGCAGAGGAUUAUUCAAAAGAGUUCCAAUGUUUUCUGAGCUCAGAUAACACCACGACGACACACUGGAAAUUGAGAUUUAAUACAGCGAUAGUAAUAUUAUGUAAUUAUUCAGAGAACAUUGAACAAAUCAUCUCCAACUCAUCACUUCUCCUGGAAUUUAAUCCAAAUAUCUACCGCCUCCAAGCACAACAUUUUCCCGAGAUUAAUCAAACGCUACAGUCCGAAACAAUUUCGGCUGGACGGUGGAUUAUCCGUUCUUCACCUAUCAUAGAAAUUCGUGGGGGCCCAGUAAAUUGUGGUGAUGAAGGACAGCUUGUAAUAACAUUACAGACGCCAAUAAGAAGUUAUAAACACCAGGUAGACGUUCAAAUGGAAAGUGAACUUUCUCCAGUCCGAAUGGAGGUUGGUCAGUCAGCGGUAGACGAACAGUUUGAGAUCAGGUGCUCGUCAACAAGUGGAUGUACACCUGCAUCAAUUAAUUUGAUUGGAACUCUGGGAAAUACAACUUUUCCUCUAUAUGGAAUGAAUUUUACUUGUAUCACAACAUAUAACGGCGAUGAUGGUUGGUCCGUAGGUUGUACCGGAAGUAUUCCCGAAAGUGUAGUCAGUUCCGUUGACGAGAUUACGUGCCGCCCUGUUCUUCAAAACCAGACAGAGGCUGACGAAGCGGAAGUUAAAAUUUCAAAAGAAGUUUUAGUUUGUAACGACCGUUUAAAUUGUAGUUUUGACUGUUCUGGAGAUAAUCAGGACAGGUUUUAUUCAGAUCCAAAAUUUUGCAACAUUUUCCACCGCUGUGAGGACGAUAGACUCUACACAGCUCCCUGUGGUAAAGGGGAAUACUUCUCUACUCAAGCCUGCGUCUGCAGCCAUAUUGAUGACGUCAUAAAGGAAAUGGGCUGCGAUAGGGAUGGGAUGCGACUCAACGUAGAAAACGUAAAAACGAUAUGCACGGAUUCUAUUGGAAGUUAGCGCACGGGUGUAUUUGCACGAUGUACGUUUUGCAAUUAUAAGCUAAGGUGAUCGUAUGAACACAUUGACGAAUUUUCGUGACUCUUCAUGUUUCGUGCUGGCUUUUUAUCGACAACAUAUAAACCUUGCAAAAUAUGAAAUACAUGAAAUUUAAAAUUCAAAGGGCGAGUUUUUAAUGUUGAAGAAGCAAUUUUAUAAGAUUCUUAGUUCAAUUCUUUACUAAUAAAGUUAUAAAUGUUUCAUUUUAGGAAACAUUCACAGUCAAUUUAAAUGUCGUGUAGGAGUUGCACAAAAAAUAAAAGUCACCUGUGUAAUA